UCUGGCGGUCUGGGAAGAGGGGAAGAUAAAGCCCGUAUUAGAGAUCCCUUCCGAACGGUUGGUCAGUGUUCUCGCAAGUUUUCAAAGUCGUGUUGGCGUUCUGGUGAGAGGUAUAUAUAUCCAUGAGAACGUUGAAAGUAAAGAGUCAGACUUCUUGAGCCACAAACUCCAACCUUGUCCAUUCACUCACAAUGACAUCCUCGUCCCUACCGCCCAAGAUCCUUUUGACCGGGGCAACCGGCUACGUCGGCGGUUCCGUCCUCCAUCACCUUCUCGACUGCGCCUCCCUGUCGUCCACCUUCUCCUCCUCUCCCAUAACCGUCCCCAUCCGCGGCGGCCCGGAUCGCGGCGCGAGGCUUACCGAGGCAUACAGCUCUCGCGUGAGGCCCGUCACCAUCGCCUCGUUCGAAGACGUGGUGACGCUCACAGCUCUCGCGUCCCAGCAUGACAUCGUCGUCAACGCCGGCUCCGGGUUCCACCCGCCGUCGGCGGAGGCGCUCGUCCGCGGUCUUGCUCAGCGCAAGGCGCUCACGGGGGGCCGGCCGGUGUGGAUGAUUCACACUUCGGGAUGCUCGAACCUCGCCGACAAGCCCUUGACCGGCGUCAGCCGACCAGACAAGGAAUGGGAAGACGCCCGUGCCGAGGAGGCCUUUGAGUUCGAGGAGGCCGAGGAUGCCCGGGACCCGUAUCCCCAACGCACGGCGGAGCUGGCGGUGCUCCGGACCGGCGAGGAGCUGGGCGUGAACGCCAUCAGCAUCCAGUCGCCGUGCAUCUUCGGCACCGGGUCCGGGCUCUUCAACAGGGCGGGCCUGAUGAUCCCCAUCAUGAUGGGCUACGUGCUGCGGAACGGAUACGGCCUGACGGUGGGCGACGGGACGGGGUGCAUCGACUACGUCCAUGUGGCGGAUCUCGCCGACCUCUACGUGUUGUGCGUGCUGGACGUGCUGGAGCGCGGCGGCGCCAACCUCCCCACGGGCAGGAGGGGCAUCCUCUUCCCGACGGUGGGGAGGACGCUGACGAUCGAGAUCCCGCGCAAGUGUCUCGACAUCGCGUUCGCGACGGGCAACCUGCCCAAGGAGGGCGGACCGCGGCAGAAGGAGGUGCGGAAAGUGAGCCUCGAGGAGGCGGCCGAGACGUGCGCGGGGAACCUGGACGUCACGGAGACGGGGUACGCCGGACAUCGGAAGACGAGAGGGACAGUUGCGAGGCAGAGGCUUGGGUGGUCGCCGGCCCGGCUGGAGGAGGCCUGGAACGGCGACUUUGAGACGGAGUUGAGGGCCGCGCUGAGUGGGCAGAGGGGGUUUACGAUGGCUACUUGUAUUGCUGGUACGAAGUGAGGUUUGUGAGUCCCAAGGUCGAGGGAUUUAGAUGCCACUCUGAAGUACCAUCAUGAUUUGCAUGGGCAGUGUCUUGUGAGACUCGUGAUUCAUAACCGCGAUAAUUGGAAUGUAUCCGGAUACUCAGAUGCCACCAAGGACAGAGACAACUAUUACACAACAGGGUGCAAAACUCGCAUCACUAGGGUCUAGAGAGCUCUGGCACUACCAACUUAUAUUUAUAUG